GCGGCUCGUGGCGGAGGGAGGGGAGGCCGAGUGCUGGAAGCGGAGCUCCGCGCUGGGACUGGUUCCUUCGCAGCCAUUUUCUGUCCAACCAAACAGCCGAUUGGAGACGGGAGCCAACCAGGGCUGCAUUGGAGGUUGAAAUUGGGCAACGAUUAGACACCAUUUUAGACGGGUGUUCUUGAACGCCACUGACAACAGUAUUUCAUGACCAUGGAUGGUGACAGUUCUACGACAGAUGCUUCUCAACUAGGAAUUUCUGCAGACUAUAUUGGUGGAAGUCAUUAUGUUAUACAGCCUCAUGAUGGUAAGAAAGCCACAAUUAGAAACAAAUUCACAGGUCGGAACAAAUUAGAAAGUGGAACUUUUAUUAAUGUUGUUAGGAAGGUGAUGAUUAUAUUCCCUCCAAAUUUACCUAUGAUUUUUUCUUUUCAGAUUGCAAAAGAUGCCAAAGAAUGUGUUCAAGAAUGUGUAAGUGAGUUCAUCAGCUUUAUCACAUCUGAAGCAAGUGAAAGAUGCCAUCAAGAGAAACGGAAGACAAUCAACGGAGAAGAUAUUCUCUUUGCCAUGUCCACCUUAGGCUUUGACAGUUAUGUAGAACCUCUAAAAUUAUACCUUCAGAAAUUCAGAGAGGCUAUGAAAGGAGAGAAAGGAAUUGGCGGAGCAGUCACAGCUACAGACGGACUAAGUGAAGAACUAACAGAGGAGGCAUUUACUAACCAGUUACCAGCUGGCUUAAUAACUGCAGAUGGUCAACAACAAAACGUUAUGGUUUACACAACAUCAUAUCAACAGAUUUCUGGUGUUCAGCAAAUUCAAUUUUCAUGAUCUGAAGAAGUGAUGGAAUGGCGAGUAUAGAGAAGCAAGCGAUCUCUAUGCUCUGGAGCAGAGACAUCAGAAGGAAGUGACUGGUGAAAGGGUGUCUCUUUGUAUAUUAAAUAGCUGUAAUGUAGCUUCCUGAUGCUUGACUAAUUGAGGUGUUAAUUCUGACUUGAGAAUCUUUUUCAUGAAUGAUUUUAAAGAAAAAUUUGGAUUUUAAAGGUAUUAAAAUAUUUUUGUUUUGUACGAGAGUUUGUUGCUCUGUAUGACUCCUGGAUGCAUUGUAUAUUGCAAUUUAUUACUGUCAGAGAUUUGUAGACAGUUUCUUAUUUUCAUAUUGAAUCAUGUUACUUUUGUAAUUCAAGUAAGCAGCUGGGUUAAUUCAUGAUGUUUGCCCUUUUAAUAAAAUAUAAGGGUAGAGUUCAUUUUGAAUGCAAGUUGCCUUUAUUAUAAAUUUGAGUUUGUCUUGGUUAUAUAAUAUCUUGCAUGAUAACCUAGCUAGAUUUUUAGCAUUUGCCAUAUUUAUUAAAAUUAAUUUUUUGGUAAAACAUUCAUAGCUUAAGUAAGCAGCACCAUUUUUAAAAAAAUGUAAUUGGAAAUCAGUGUGAAUGCAGAAGCAGUUAUUGUCUGCCCGAUUAAACCUGGUGCCCAUUAACAGUGUUUACACUGUUCAUUGUGCCUGUUCAGAUAGUUUCAGUUUAUUGGCGCUCUGUUAAGACUAAAUUUGUUUAUGAGUUACAUUAUUAUGAGUGUUGGAAUUCAUUUAAGUUUAAUGCAAUCCUAGUGCUCUUGAAAUGGUGCCCGUUUCAUUUAGUAUAUGAUUUUUUUCCAAAGCAUAUCUUCAAAUACUAUAGUAUCCUCUUCCAGAGGAGGAAUUUUCUAGUCUGAUGGUAAAUGUCUUCAUUUUACCUUUUUAAUUGAAAUGUCAAGUUUCCUAUUAUACUAUGGGAACCAAGAAACGUCAGACAUCAUUGUGUGUACACAGACCUUUGUGUGCAUGGGUGAGUGAAUGACAUGAAGAACAGAGUGAGUGCCAUGAACGGUGUAAAGUAGAAGCCGCCAACGUCCAGUGUGCUGUCUUGAUCUUCGCAAUAAACUCAACUUAGAUAAUGUAA